UUAUUUCACAUUUUCGCUUAAAUAUGAAUUAUGUUGGCAACGCGGGCAAUAACAAUCAGCUGAUAUUCAAUUUUUCGCGUCGCAAUGUUUGACAUGGAGAAAAGCAAAAGAAAAGUUUGGACAGAGGCCGAGACGCUCCUAUUCCUGAAGUGCUACAACAAGAGGAAGGAUGAGUUCCUGCAUGCGCGCAAGAAAAAGUUCGCCUAUGAAAACGUCUUGGAAGACAUGAUAUUUCAAGGAUUUACGGAUACAACGGUGAAUGUGGCUGCUCUUGUAGCAAAAAUGCGAACGCUUUUGAAGGCAUAUAACACAGCGAAAGAUAAGCAGACUGGAACUUCUCCGUGCACAAUACCAUAUAUGUCAGAAAUGGACGAAAUUUUUGGAGAAAGUCGCUUAGUGUCCGACAACCACAGCAUAAACAUUGGAACAGAUCCUCUAGAGACAUUGAUUGAGUCAAGUGUAAAUCAGUUGUUAAAAGUGUCGACUGAUUUUGAAGCAAUGUUCGACGAUAUGUCAAGUACCUCUAGACAGAGCCGAUCUGCACUAAAUCGUAGCAUGUGUACACCAACUGAAGUGUAUCCACAAGAGCCGAACACAGCAAAUGCUAAUCCAUAUUCCCGAUAUCGGGAAAGCACUAAAGAACGAUAUUUUGAAGGAAAAAUCGAGCUAAAAAGAAAAAGGGCAGAAGAAAAGGCGAAAUUCUAUGCGAAUAUACAAAGUAAGAUGCAGGAUUUGGUGGAAAAAAGAAAUCUCCACAUAGAAAUCGAACAAAAAAAAUUAAACUUAGAAGAAGAAAAACUAAAACUUCUACAGCUGUAUGUUAUGAAUAAAAGAUAGCAAAACUAAUUGAUUUUACAACCAA